UAACCACCAACAGAUGAGUGAAGGACAAAGACAGAAACCUGAAUUUUACAACCGUACGGCAUCUGAGUCAAAUGUCUACUUGAAUAGUUUCCAUUAUCCAGAUCACAGCUACAAGGACCAGGCCUUUGACACAUUGAGCCUGGACAGCUCCGAUAGCAUGGAAACCAGCAUCUCUGCCUGCUCACCUGACAAUAUCUCUAGUGCUAGCACAUCAAAUAUUGCCAGGAUAGAAGAAAUGGAGAGACUCUUAAAACAGGCACAUGCAGAAAAGACCCGGCUGCUUGAAUCCAGGGAACGGGAAAUGGAAGCCAAAAAACGAGCUCUGGAAGAAGAAAAACGGCCCCGAGAAGUUCUGGAGAAACGACUGCAAGAAGAAACCAGCCAGAGGCAGAAGUUAAUAGAAAAAGAAGUGAAGAUAAGGGAGAAACAGAGGGCACAGGUUUGUGGGUCAAUGCGGACGCUUAGGCAUAGGUUGCCCCCUGGUGGCCAUUCUGUAGAAGACAGUAAUUCUCUCGUGGGUGGGCUCAAUGCCUGUGUCUCGGAACUUCCAGGGAACUAGUAACCAAGUGACACUUUCUCUGGUCUCAUGGGACUUGCUGGUGGGUGAGACACUUCACUUUUUCUACCU